AAAGUGGUAUAGCCGGAUCUCUUCACUGUGGGUUUGAAGACGGCAUGUGCACAUGCUGGUCUGAAUUCUCUUUAGUGUUUGCCGAUGUAAGUGCCCCUUUCUCUAAAAUUUCACAUUUUCUACGGAGUCUCCAGAGCUCCAGAUCUUUCCGGACCCUUCUACUUCGUCUGUGAGUGACCAGAAAAGUGACUUCUUUCCACCAUGUCCCAGCUGCCGCAGACAGCCUCUCCAACUCUCCCAGGAGCCCCUCCUGCUGGUGCACCCCCUGCACAGGGGGGGAUGAAUCCCGCCCCAGGGAUCAUCACCCCCACCCAGGGGGCAGCUGGGGUCUCCCCUGCUGUUACUGGGUCUACACUUGCCAAUGGCACUGUUGUGACAGGUCAUCCUGCUGUCCCCUCCAACAUGGCAAACCCCAAAGAGAAAACCCCCAUGUGUCUGAUUAAUGAGUUAGCCCGGUAUAACAAGAUCCAACCACAGUACAAGCUCAUUACUGAAACUGGACCGGCCCACCAAAAGACCUUUACCAUCUCCCUGACCUUGAAUGAUAAGACAUGGUCAGCUGAGGGGUCGAGUCUGAAGAAGGCCCAGCAUGCUGCUGCCUCCAAGGCUCUGGACACCUGCAACCUGCCCUGGCCCAAACCUAAACCUCCCAGGAACCAGGAACUCACAGAUGGGGAUGUUCCAGUUGGUAGCAUCACCCCCACCGUGGAGCUGAAUGGCCUGGCCAUGAGGAGGGGGGAGCCUGCCAUCUACCGGCCCAUCGACCCCAAACCUACCAUCCCACCACAGUACCGACCUAACUACAACUUCAGAGGAAUAUACAACCAAAGAUAUCAUUAUCCCACACCAAAGACCUUCUAUGUGUCCCUGACCAUUGGUAACCGGGAGUUCAUCGGGGAGGGCCGCACCCGGCAACAGGCCCGACACAAUGCCGCUGCCAAGGCACUGAAGGUUCUAAAGGACGAGCCAAUCCCUGAGACUACGGACCCGCCCCAGCCGGCUCCGGAUGUACUAGCCAAUGAGAAAGCAGAGAAUUUACUGAAGCCAGAGAUCACCUUGGUGUAUGAGAUUGCUCGGAAGAGGAACAUGUCGGUUUCAUUUGAGGUUGUGAAAGAGAGUGGACCUCCCCACAUGAAGACCUUUGUUACCAGCUGUAAAGUUGGAGACUUUGUGGCAGAAGGAGAAGGGAACGGCAAGAAAGUCUCCAAGAAACGGGCAGCCCAGAAGGUGUUGGAGCAGCUGAAGGUCUUGCCCCUCCUUCACGAUGACGGGGGUUCCCGUCAGAAUAAACGCUACAACAAGAAGAGGCCCAAGUCUCUGAUCAAGGUGGGCUUGAACUCUUGGAUUGAGGCAGAUAUGAAUGAGCUGAAUCAGACCAACCCAGACUAUGGACAAGGCAUCAACCCUGUCAGUCGACUCAUCCAGAUUCAGCAGGCCAGGAAGGAGAAGGAACCAGAGUUCUCAUUGGUGGCUGAACGGGGACUCCCUCGCCGCCGAGAGUUUGUCAUGCAGGUAACAGUCAAAGACAAAGUUUGUACUGGGAUUGGUCCCAACAAGAAGUUGGCCAAGCGUAGUGCAGCAGAGGCCAUGUUACAGUUGCUCGGAUACAGGAACGCCUUGUCCAAUAUGCAGCCAGGCAAGCCUGCCCUCAAGACGGGCGACGGUCAGGGUGACGGGCCCGGAAAUGGUCGCAAAGUCAAGUUUGUGGAUCAAACGGCGGAGGUUAAGGAUGGCCAUGGUGACAGCCCCUCCAUCCUGAGCCGACAGCUGGCACCUGGACUCCUCCCCAUGCCACAGGAGAUGGUACGGUCCACGGGGGGCAAUGGCAUGGGACUGCCAGGAGUAAACAUCCCCCAAAGGGGUCUAAACAGGGCCCCCGGAGCCCCCCUCAGCCCCCGGAGCCCACAGUUGACGAGUGCAGCCAUCGCUAAGGAGUUACUAACAAUUGGGACGUCCCCUACUGCUGAGGCAAUGGUACAGUCCGGUGUCACGGGGAUGCCACAAGGCCAACAGGUUCCUCCUAAGCAGCAGCUUGCCUACCUUGCCAAAGUGCAGGGCUUCAGAGUCGACUUCACAGAUUUUCCAAAGGGUAACAAGUCUGAGUACCUGUCGCUGGUGUCCCUCUCCUCUAACCCCCCGCUAGUGAGCCAUGGCGCCGGCCCAACUGUGGAGGCAGCUCACGACCAGGCUGCACUCAACGCUCUCAAGUCUCUCAUGGACAUGGGACUGGACCGUGUGGAUGGGGAGGGGGGCGGGGACAAGGCUGAAGGAGUGCAGGAAGAGACGCCCAGUGUGAGCGAGCACAAACAGGCUAACUCAGCAGACGCAGACAUGGCUGGCUCGCUGGAGCCCGUUGUCAAGACGGAGUCCAAGUGAGCCUCACUGCAGGCCGCCAUCUCACGAUGCCGGCGGAUGAAUACAUGUGAAGACAACACCAACCAAUCACACCUACUUUCCUGGGUGUUCUUAGAGUUAGUUCAAACUAAAUUCUCCAUUUGGCAUACUCAAGGGUUAGAAAUAUUCAGUUGCUAUUAUUGGAGAAGAAUAUUGACAGAUGGGUACUUUUGGUCAGGGCUGAUUUGUUUGAUUGAGAAAUGUGCCAGAGCAUUUGACCGUGAUUCAGGUAAGAAAACGGCAUGCUUUUGGUAGUUUGAUACAUAUUAUAUUCUGGUUGUACAAUACUUUAAUUAGUUGGGAACACUUCCACUCCCCAACACACCAGUUGUGCUGGGGAGUGGAAAAUUGCCACAUUGUACACAAGUGUGCCCUGCAAUGAUGAUGAUGACACCAUGUCAAACAUUGAUUACAUUCAUGUUCAUUGGUUGGAAAACUGACAUGCUACUUUGCUCCUACGUUUAAUGGUGAGAAUUAGCAAUGAAUGACCCAAACACAGGUCAAUAAUUUUUUUUUUGUGUAUGAAUAAAGAAAUGGGCUUUCCUACUGGAUUGUUGAAGAACACUGAGGAUGUAUAAACGUACUGUACAGUGUAAACCAGGUCAGUUCUGGCACAUCUUCAACUCAAAUAGGCUCUUAUGCCAAAGGUUCUCCACGAGUAACAACUGUUAUCCUUGAUGCUCUUCAUAUGGCCAAGUUAUCAUUGAUUUAUGCAUAUAUUCGUGUAAUUUUCUUGUUAAAGUCAUUAAGCAACAUUCUGUGUGUAUCAUAUCAUAUACCCCCUAUUGCUACUGUAGUAAUGUGUAUGUCCAUGCUACAUCUGUGCAUGUUGUUGGAAGUGUCUCAGAGCAAAAUAUGCAUAGUAGUGUAGCUGGUCCCUUGCUUUGAUACAGAAGUUCACAUGUAGUUACCUUUCCAGUAAGGUUAAUGAAACAUUGGUGAGAUUUUGUCUAAGAUCAUAGUGAAUGUUGUCUUCAUAUCUAAUUCAUUGCAUGCACCAUACAGUACUAGUGAAACAUAAGGAAGACCUCAGAAUAGAGCAGGAAGACAUCCCUUACUGUAGUAUGGGUCGGACUGGACAUAGACAUGCAGCUGUUCUGUGUGGCCAGGGUCCCUAUCUGGGAGUAGUUUACACCAUACAAACUUCAGCUGUCAGGGAAACUUUGUUGCAGUCAGAAAAAUGUUCAACUCCAGGUAGUUCUUUUGUACAACACACUCUCCCUUACCACCUAACUUGUGUCCAUACCACAGCCGAGGAAAGCACCCUCUGUUUUUGUCCGUCUGACAGAUAAAACGGUCAGGAAGAGUGUGUAUGGACUGAAUUCUCUGUGCCAGGGCAUAGCUGAUUUUGCAACUCAUUUUGCUGCCUAUUGAUUGGUGUCAGGUACAGAAUGAAUGUGUAGCUUAUUCCAGAAGAGAACUGUAGUAUUUGAUAGUUUGAAUAAGCGAUAUGAAUUUGUAUGAUUCUGAACAUGGCUACAGUACAUGUACCAAACAGGAUAGGCUCUAACAUUGAUUUAUGUCCUCUAUAACUUCUGAAGAGUGACAAAUAUUUGUGGCAUUUCUAAAAUUCUAUCCAUUACAGUACUUCCUGACAGCAGCACAGGAAUGUGGUAAGAUGCUAUUUCCAGAUGAGGGUGUGAUGCUGAGGUUUUCCUAUGUUUGCUGCCAAGCUGCCUACAAAAGUGUGCAGUAUUUGCUGUCCAGACCCAGGCUUGUACAUACUGUGUCAGACCUAUGUACUGUUCCAACAGGUGCUGCCAAAUGAGCUAACUGAGCUACAACACUGAACUUGACUCAAAACCCCCUUAAUUGAAUUGUACAAGAUUUCUCUGUGAUAUCUUGUGUUCUAAAGCUUCUGUUUGUGCCAAACCCAUCCCUGCAACAUGAAGCUUCUGCCAGAUAAACAGCAGUUUGAGGGAAAUGUUGCCCUUCUGAUGUCAUUGUGAAGCUCUGUUGCUGGCAGCACUGUACAAGGCUGGAGAGGUCCCCAGGCCAAUCAUUGCCAUAUUGCACAUGGAUUGUAGCUUUUUUUUUGCUGUUAGAGAUUAGGUGUGUUGUUAUGGCAGGAUCACAGACAUUGUGGCAGGCAAGGACAAACUUCAGUUUGGUCCGUUUCUGCUAAAACCAUCAGACUGUGGGUCAGUCAGCAAUUAUGUACAAUUAUAUACUCAGUCUGUUAAAACUGAACUGAACAUUUAGACAGACCUGCUAUAUACAGUACAAAUGUGACAUAGUUCUACAUUUACUUGAAACAUUGUUAGUUGAUUUGAAUAUCCAAACACAUUACGUUAUUGUCAAUAUUACAAAUACCAACUUUUACACUACGAGUUGGAAGGGUUAAUAAUCUUUCAUGAUAGCCAAUGUCAAAACUUAACAGUGAUCUUAACAUUGAAAAUAAAAGUACAAACUUUAAGGUCAGAUAUCUAACAUUUGAUUACCCUAGGUAAACCAAAAUUACCGUACCAGUAGUUACCAUUGGUCAAAAUUCGGGUCAAAAGUUCCCCUGUACCUUGUGCUACAAUGACAAGGUUGUUAUUAACAGAGGUAUGGCCGUUGAAUGACUGUUAGAAGCCCACACUGAUAGUCUAUAGCAAACAUGCCAGUUCUGUUGAACCAUGAUGUCCUGAUUCCUGCAUCAAUUUAACAUUGCAAUAAACACACCCUCUUGAGCAAUAAA